CGUCUGACAACAUCCUCCGCCAUUCCCCAUGGACGCCGACAGCAUAACAAUAGCGUUGAUGAUAACGUGAGGACAGAGAUGAUUUAGAUGAACACGGAAGGGUUAAACUCGAGCUCCAUGAUCAGAAGUUUCCUGAUGUUGAACAUGUCCACCCCUAGUGAGCUCAAAUCUCCGUGUGUGACACGAAACGGUAUCGUCAAGCUACCCCCUAGCCAGCCCAAUGGCCUUGGUAGUGCAAGCAUCACCAAAGGUACACCUGCUGCCAAGAACCGCUUGUGCCAAUCCUCCUCAGUACCUUCCAUUUUGCCUCCACCAACUUCUCUCUCCUACCAUCAUCACCACCAUGUGGAGCCUCUAAAUACUCCCAGCAUGCCUCACUCAGCAGCCUCCCUCCUUGGUCCUGACCCAGGAAAGUCUCUGGUGGCACUGAAGCCAGCCCAUCACCAGUUGUCCCCUUUCACGCUACCUAAAACUCUGCUGGUGGAGGGCCAGCUAGCCCUGGAUGAGAAGCUGCUCAACCACCUUCUUUGGUACUUCACAACCGCUGAAAAGUGUGUGCUGGCACAGGUGUGCAAGACAUGGCGCAAGGUGCUGUACCAGCCCAAAUUCUGGGAGGGUGUGAUACCCAUUUUGCAUGCCAAAGAGCUCUACACGCUUUUGCCCAAUGGAGAGAAGGAAUUUGUUAGUUUACAGGCCUUUGCCUUGCGUGGCUUCCAGGCUUUCUGCUUGGUGGGGGUGUCAGACCUGGACAUUUGUGAGUUCAUCGAUAACUACCCGCUGUCCAAGAAGGGAGUUCGUUCAGUCAGCCUCAAAAGGUCCACUAUUACAGAUGCUGGCUUGGAGGUCAUGUUGGAGCAAAUGCAAGGACUGAUGCACUUAGAAUUGUCCGGCUGCAAUGACUUCACAGAGGCUGGUCUGUGGUCAAGUCUCAAUGCACGGCUAACAUCUCUUAGUGUCAGCGACUGCAUCAACGUUGCAGACGACGCCAUUGCUGCCAUCUCCCAGCUCCUGCCCAACCUAUCAGAGUUAAGUUUGCAGGCCUACCAUGUUACUGACACAGCCAUGGCCUACUUCACAGCCAAACAGGGUUACACCACUCACACACUGAGGCUCCAAUCCUGCUGGGAGAUAACCAACCACGGUGUGGUCAAUAUGGUCCACAGCCUUCCCAACCUGACUGCCCUCAGCCUCUCUGGCUGCUCGAAAAUUACAGAUGAUGGUGUUGAGUUGGUGGCUGAGAACCUGCGCAAGCUGCGUAGCCUGGACCUGUCCUGGUGCCCACGUAUCACUGACAUGGCCCUGGAAUAUAUCGCUUGUGACCUUCACAAACUUGAAGAGCUUGUCCUGGACAGGUGUGUGCGAAUUACAGACACUGGCCUUGGGUACCUGUCUACCAUGUCCUCCUUAAGGAGCCUCUAUCUGCGCUGGUGCUGUCAGGUGCAGGACUUUGGGCUACAGCAUUUGUUUGGAAUGAGGAGUCUGCGACUACUGUCUCUUGCAGGCUGCCCUCUGCUGACUACCACAGGUCUGUCAGGGCUGAUCCAGCUGCAGGACCUGGAGGAGCUGGAGCUCACCAACUGCCCUGGUGCCACUGAUGAGCUCUUCAAUUACUACUCCCAGCACUUGCCCCACUGCAUGGUCAUUGAGUAGACCACCAAAUUAUACCACUGAACGC